AAAGAUACAACUGCACAUUUUUUUAGGACAGUGUGUUAAGUUAUAUUAAAAUUACAUCUGUACUGCUGCGGUCCUGCCUCCUGCUGCUCCGCCAUGGUGCGCGCUGCUGUGGCCGGCCGGCGUUCGCAACGCAUUUAAAGAGGCAGAGCAGCUGGUGGCGCUAGCAUCACAUGCGCUUCUACAACUUUUAAGAGGACGAAGAAGAAGUCCGCGGUGCAUUUUGGGUCAGUAGCAUGCCCGUAGGAUGCACCGCGACCAUCCUACAAUGUGGGCGUGUCUAGUAUCUGAAGUAGCAUACUCGCUCCGGUGGCCAAUUCGGACAUGCUACAUACUACUUCGACUACUACUUGGCAAUUUGGACGCAGCAACAACAGCCUGUAUCGCUAGCUGGUGACCUUUAACCCGCCUCUGCUCUGUUUACCUCCACAGCGCCCCCUCCGGCGAGCUGAAACUUUCCCAGCUGCUGCUGCUGUUGUUCUUCCUGGUUUGUCCGAAGAAGUGCCCCCUAAGUGCUCCCUCUGCUCCCAUCCUGCCUCCUCGUUCACCUCCUCCCCUCUCUUCCCCUCUGCUUCAUCACACGGACUUAUCGCUGAACCUCAACGGGACUCCCUGCUCUCAGUGUCCGGGAAACGGCGCAGGGAGCUGCGUAGAGUUCACACGGGAGUCGGUGUUGGUCUGGUUCUCCUGAUGGAUUUUACGUAGACUGUUUGUCCUCUCUGGUGCUAAUGCUAAUUAGCCGUCUUCGUUAACCAGGUUAGUGGAGCUGGAAGUUAAACCUUUAUCUGUGCCUGUUUUUAAAGCCAGUUUGGUUAACUCGGUUACAACUAAAGGUGCUAAUUAACAGAGUAGCUAGCUCCGGCUAACGCUGUGUUUAAAUGUAGCUCGGGUUUGUUCUCCCUGUGUGUCAUUUGGGAUGAACCCAGCUGUAAAUCACGAGUCUGGUGAGUUCAGCUUAGUUAAAGUGUCCCUUUAGUUUACUUCAGCUGGUUUUGUUUCAGUUUAGGCUUAAACCGGCCUAUCUGCGGUCUUAAACCUAGUUUAAAUAGCGACCGGUUUAAAUAAGGAGUGGUUUAUCGGAUCUAGAGACAGGUGUUCACAGUUUACGCUCAGUUCUGGAUCACAGGGGUGCUGAAAGGUGUUUAUUGCCCUGUACUGAAUGGGGUUCUGAAUGUAGUCUGGUCCGAAUGACGGAGACUUGAACCUGGAGCUGAGUGGUUCGGUUUAAAUUAACUCCGUUUAAAAUACACUGAAGUAUACUUCACAUCUUGAUUUAACCGUAGUCGUUUCAUACCGGAUUUGAGUUAACUUUGACCUUAAAUCAGUCAGGUCUGGGCUGUCAUUCAGGGGGUCAAGCGAGAUCCAAAGUGUCCCUAUCAGUGUGUUUUUCUCAUAGUUUAGCUUGUGACUCAAUGUUUUGGACAAGUUGUUCAACGUAGCUGGGUCCUGCCUGGUUGAUUUCAUCCGCCCCUUCCACUAGUGUAUUUCUCCUGUAGUGAACUGGUUCUGAGUGAAACCAGGUCACCAGAGUCUCUGGCUAAAGUGUCCUUCGUGUAGUUGAAUCUUUUGAUUAAGUUAUGGUGGUUUGUACGUGGUCUGGUCUUUGAUAGCUCUUGGUUUAAAUACAGUCUGAUAGACUGAUCAUGUGGUUCUGGGUCUGAGCCUGGUCCUCUGAUGUUAGUGUGGGUCUAAGCAAGGUGUGGUCUCAGGUUAAACUCAGGAUGGCAGAACUCCAUCAGACUCCCACCUCGCUGUGCUGCUGUCGUAAAUCCCUGCCAGUCUCAGGAUGUGUCAGGGACGCCGGCCGGCCCUUGGUGGCUCCAGGUCCUGGCCCCUCACAUGGCCCCCUGGUGGAUGUGGCCUCAGCGUCUAACUUCCACUGCUACAAGCUGCGACACUUCCACCUAGACCUGCGGAUCAACUUUGCUGUGAAGGAGAUGACGGGCUGGCUGGUUCUGGACCUGAUCCCGGUCCAGCCUGGAGUCCAAACACUGAUCAUGGACUCCCACCCAUCCCUUCUCAUCCAGUCCAUUGACUGUAAGGUUCCUGGGGCUGCUCAGGAGGAGCCCGUCUCCCUGACAUAUAGGGUAGACCCAUUCACAGACUACGGCUCGUCUCUAAACAUCAGCCUGCCCUCAGCAGCCAUCAAACCGGGUCAGCUGAUCCAGAUAACUGUCCACUACACCACCACAGAUGGACCAGCAGUAAGGAAACCAGAACAACAGGAUUGAUUGAUUGGUGUCUAAAUCCUACUGAUAAUAAUCUGUUCCUUCAAAUGAACAGAUUAUUAAUGGAUUAUAAUAUCAAGUGUAAUAACAGAUGAUAUUGUGAUUAAAGAGUCAAUGACGUAUAAGGUUUUUCAACAUGCCAGUUUUAAAAUACCAAAAAUAAGAAUAUCUUUUGCAACAGUUCAAACACUAAGGAUGUUAUGUAUACAAAAAUUAAAGUUUAAUUUUUAAAUUAGGCAAUUUUAGUGUUUUUUCAUAUAGAUGAAUUGCCUGUGGCCUUAAAAAAUGUCAUGUGGUGCAACCAUCAUUUAUCUCAAAAUUAUUACAUUUUUUCAACAUACUCCAUAGUUUUUUACAAAUUGUCAGUAAUAUCAAGCACAUAGGAACAAAGCCUUUGCAUUUUAUUUGAGUUUUUGUGAAUAAUGAUCUCAUAUAUUAGCUCUAUAAUGUCACAGUCGCUAUAUCAAAUGUAGUUAACUGACUACAUUUUUCUUUAAAUUGCAUAAUACUGAUAAAAAUGUUUUGAAACUACCUUUCAUGUAAGCAUAUUGUAUCAGGUAUUAAUGUCUCAGUUACAGAAAUUAGAUAUUUUAGUUUGUAUUUGAUAUAAUUAAUGUUAUUAUUGGUCGCACCACAUGAUUGGUGGUCGCGCCAAAUGACCUGAAGACCUUGUAUCAUUAAAAAUCAAUUUAAAGAGACCUAUGAACAAUUAAUUUCAUGCAAAUUUUAUAUUAAAACCAAAUUUUAUUAACAUUUCAAACAUGAACGCGAACAUUUUAUUUCCCUUUUUUACAAAAAUUUAACUCUGUGUGUGUUUGUGUAUGUGGUCCAGAGGCCUGCACUUUGAAGCUGGAUUAACACACCCAGGAUAACUCUGCCACAACUCUCUAAACUUCACCAGAUCUCCGUAACCCCAAUCAGCUGUACUACGAGGCAGGAUAUCAACUCGCUAACUAAAUUCAGUUGUGGUCAGUCUAGAUCUGUGCGCGCACACGUAAAGGGGGUGGGGUCAGUGCCACCGGACCAAUCUCCACAAUGAAGAAGGCUGCACGUCAUAUUUCACAGCCGAGGAACAGAGCAUCGUUUUACGCUAAUACGAGGAGUACCGCAACAUUAUAUCAGUGAGGAGCAGGACAGCUGCAGCCGCUAAAAGCCGGAGGGACUGCUGGCAAAAAAAAUCAUCGAUCGUGUAAAUUACAUUUGUGCGUUCAUAAAUUUAUGGCCCCCUAAUAUGUUGUCAUGCAGCGUGUGUGAUUACCUCCAUCAUUGACCUCAUUAUUUCAGAUACAACAGCAGUGGGGAAAAGAGUAAGUGGGAGCAAAUAAAAAUAAAUCUAAAAAUAUCCGUCAAAGUGGUUAGCUGGUUUACUGGAGGAUUUUAUUUGUACAUAUUUCAACGCGUUAACAGUGAUUUCCUCACACUGCCUAUUUUUCUUUUUUCUCCAUCAUCUGAUGGUCACAUGUCAUCUGCAGACACAUUUGGGGUUAAGAGGAGUUUUCUAAUCUGCUUCAAUAAAUUCUGAAUGAUGACUGAUAUGCCGCAUGAAACUUGAACCUGGAGCUUGGCAAAUAUUAGUGUAUUGCUUCCAUUUCAUGUUACCUGACUAUUGAGGCCGUCUGAGGAAAACCUGUAACGUUCAUAGAGAACGGCAUCAGGUAAAUCAAACGAAUUUGAACGAUCAAGAAUAUAACGCUCUCGGCGAAGCGCUCCUCUCACCAUCCGCGCAGCGAUGUCAACAAUCUUGGCCCAAUCUUUGACCAGCCCAGGCAUGAACAACAUGCUGCAGGGUCAGAGUUGACACGCUGCCUAUAGCGAGGGCUUUUAACUUUGCUCGGCAGUGGCAUCUGGUAAAAUAAAUUAAAAUGACUUAAAUUGAUACAUGAAAGUUAAUAAAUUGCUAACAACGGCAUAAAUACCUUAAGUGAAAUGGCAUGCUUUUAAUAUUUUUUUUCUUAUUUUGUACAGAGAUGACCUAUUCAUUAUUUCAGAAAUGUUAGCAAAAUGACUCAUCAAAUAACAAAAAAAAUUCAAAAUAAUACAAAAAAUUAAGUACUUAGUGUUUAUCAAUCAUCAAUUGAAUAUAAAAAGCAUAAAUACUGCCAAUCGAGGGCAUAUAUUUAUGAUGGAAAACAAUCUGCAGUGGUCGCACCACAUGAUAAUUGGUCGCACCGCAUGACAUUUCAAAUUCGGUCAAAUCUUACUGAUACAGGAUUAGUCACAUAAACAAAGCUCACUAGCUUCCCACAAAAGGUCACUAUGAAAUUUAUAAUCAAAAUACUUAUUUGUGGAAAUAACUUAAAUUAAUUGUUUUUUUUAGGUCAUACCACAUGACAUCGAAAAGUGGUAACACCAUUACAGCAGUUGAAAAGGUCUUUUUUUUUUUUUUUUUAAGAAAUGAGAGAACCACCAACCCGCUUUCUGCUUCCAUAGCUCUACGACAAAAUGGUGAAUGAUCCAACUUCCUGUCCUUGAGUAAAUUUCAGCAUAAAAGUGUCAAAAAUUGUCAUUUUUUGAUGGUCGCACCACAUGAUAUUUAAUGAAAUGGACACGAUCGGACAAAAUUCGUUUGUAUAUUAUGAAAAAAAAAUAAAUGCAAAAGCUUUGCAAUUUUGUACAGGAAUAAAAAACACUUUCAAAAUUAUGCCGAAUAUUGCAGAAACUAAAUUGUAAUAGAUUUAGAGUAAUUUCAAAGAAGUUUUCAAAACAUAAGUCAUGGCCGGAUGGUCGCACCACAUGAUAUUUUGACCCUUUGAAGUUCAGAAAAAUUACAAAAAACUCCUGAUUUUUGAAAAGUUGAAGUGGCUCCAUAUAUUAGAGAGAUACAUCAAAUAGAUAGUAUAUUUUUUUUUACAUUUAAAACUCUUUGUAACAUAAAGAAAAUACAGCCGGACAGAAUAUUGAGGCGUCACGUCAUUGACCCUAAAACUGAUUAAAACUUUUCCUGUUUCCUCAGAUUUAUCAGGUUAUAAUCUGGUUACAUUUUUUUUCAUCAGAUCAUCAAAUAAUAGUUACUAAUGGUCACUAAUUAUUAAUGAUAUAUUGAUUAUAACCUGAGGGUGGCCUGAUGAUAAACUCAUUAUGAUCUCAUAAUUUCCUAGAAAUGGCCUGAUUAUUGUUAUUGAUUUUAAUUUGCUCAUAGUCAGAUUAUCACCUUUUCUUGUCUUAAUAUUACAAAGUUAUUACCCUUUGUCACUACAUUAUAAUCUUAUAUAACUAUUACUGGUUACUUUGUGAUUUGUUUUUAAAUGAUUAAAAUACCCGAGAAUGACCUGAAAUUAUGUGGAAACUACCAGAUUAUAAAACACACAACACUUGGUUAUUACCUGCUCAUCAUCUUGUUAUUACUUAAUUGUUAAUCAGCUAUUAACUAACUUGAUUAUCUUUUGAUAGUUACCUGAUUUUAGCCUGAUUGUUGCCUCAUCAUGAUCAUUUCCUGGUUAUCACCUGAUUAUUUCUUAAUAGUCAUUCAGUCCUCGGUCAGGAACUCACUUUGCUCUUCUGCUUCAUUUGUGUGUGUGUGUGUGUGUGUGUGUGUGUGUGUGUGUGUGUGUGUAGAUUUGGUGGCUGGAUUCGGAGCUGACUUGUGGUCAGACUCGUCCUCUAGUCUUCACUCAGGGUCACUCGGUGUGUAACCGCUCGUUGUUCCCCUGCUUCGACACACCGGCUGUGAAGAGCACAUACACAGCUACAGUCAGGGUGAGUGAUGACCUCUGAUUUCUGAACUCUGCUCUGGUCACUGAGGUCCAUAUAUAUAUAUAUAUAUAUUUAUAUAUAAACACUAGCACACUGUUAACCAAUGGAGACUGUCCUCGCAUGGCGCCCAUCUUACCACAGGCAGCUCGCCCACUCAUAACAUCAGAGUCUACAGUACAUGUAGCAUUUAAAUAACCAUAGAUUGCUUAAUUUUACAUUUAUUUUUAAACAGUUUGGUUUGUUUUAAACCUCAGAGUUCCUGCAUUCUCAAGAAUAAUUUUUCCAUGGACUUUCAUAAAUAAACAUUAAGCAGAUAGGUAGAGCAAAAGCUAUAGGCCUACACAAACAAGGUAGUUUUAUUAAAUCAUUUACAUAUAAAACAUUUAAUCAUUCCAUGUAUGUUAUACUAGUAAUAUUUCUAUUAUAAUGAUAACUGUAAAAACACACAACAUUAUGUAUUUAUUUUUAAUAUAAAUAUCUGUCUCAUGAUGCCUUUUUGUAUAUACAUUCUGUGAGAUAUAUAUAUGAAAUUUCACCCUCACCCACCCUUGUGUCUCUUCAAGCUCGGGUCCUCUACCAGAGGCCUGGGUUUGAGGGUCCUGCCCAGUAUCUUAGCUAUUCUUAGGACUGCACUCUUCUGGAGUGAGAUGUCUGAUGUUUCCCCAGGGAUCUGUUGGAGCCACUUCUCCAGUGUGGGGGUUACUGUCCUGAGUGCCCCGAUGACCACAAGCACCAGCGUUGCCUUCUCCUUCCAGGCUUUCUCUAGCUCCUCUCGGUGCCCUUGAUACUUCUCUAGUUUCCAGUGUUCAUUCUUCCUGAUGUUGGCAUCAGUCCCACAGGAUCUUGGCUCGGUCAUUCUCCAUUACCCUGGGAGGUGCUUCCCAUUUUGACCUCGGGGUUUCCAGUCCCUAUUCUGCACAGAUGUUCCUGUACACUAUACCGGCUACUUGGUUAUGGCAUUUCAUGUAUGCUUUUCCGCUGUUAGCGGUUGGACUGUUUCAGAGCCCUCUUUGCACAGCCUGCACCUGGGAUCUUGCCUGGUAUGGUAGAUCUGGGCCGCUAUUGCUCUGGUGCUCAAGGCCUGUUCUUGUGCUGCCAUGAUUAGUGCCUCUGUGCUAUCCUUCAGUCCAGCCCUCUCCAGCCAUUGGUAGGAUUUGCUCUUAUCAGCCACCUCAGCUAUUUAUCAGUGGUACAUCCCUUGCAGGGGUUUUUCCUCCCAUGAUGGCUCCUCCAGUUCCUCCUUCCCUGUCAGUUUCCAUUGUCUGACACACUCACUAAGCACUCCAUGUCUUGGGGUCGUUCCCUCGGUACUCCUUUUAUUUUCCAUAUUCACAAACAACUUAAUCUCAAAUAAAUCUACUAUGGUUGUGUAUGCAGAUGAUGCCACUAUGUACAGUGCUGCAUCCAGUCUUAAGGAGUUAAACAAUACAUUAAAUAUUGAACUGAAAGCUGUAGCUGAUUGGGUUGCUGAGAGCAAACUAGUGCUGAACAUAGCCAAAACAUAAUGCAUGGUUUUAGGAUCCAGACAUAUGCUAGUCUGUGAUCCUCAACUGAGCCUGUCACUUGCCGAAAAGCAAGUGGAACAGGUAAGAAAAGCUAAGCUGCCUGGCAUCAUAUUAGACCCUAAACUAAAUUGGACUAAACACAUAGAUACUAUUGUGACAGAAAUUGGAAGGAGCAUUGCUAGAACUAGAAAAUGUUCAAAGUACAAAAAGAGAAAUACUCUGAAAGAAGUGACACAAGCUUUAGUCCUGUCACACCUUGAGUACUGCCCUGCCAUUUGGUCAUCUGCUCCCCAUUUUUCUCCCAUGACGUACUUCACCCAAACAAACUGGGCCAUUACACACUUGCCACUAAUAUCCAACACUAUGUGCACACCAACUGACUAGCAUUGUUUACACCCUCCCUGCCAUCUUCUUCCUCGCCUACCACUACCCCACCUGGAAACAGCGCCCCCCAGAGUCCCCCCUCUGGUACUGCACACCAUUCCCAUCGCCACCACUACAGCAAGCUCCCCCUCCCAGCCCAAACAGUUACUACACCCUCCAACUACAGAGUCUCUUUGCCAUUCUGCCAUCUCACCAGGAUCCCGCCACAGGUUCUUCAUUCAAACAAUUACAACUACUGGAUCGUCCCACUCAAAUCCCAUGCAUACAAAACGAAGGACAAGGGCUGUGUCCCAUUUCAGAGACCGCACCGUUGAACGGCACAUAACGGCACAUAACGGCGCAUUUGAAGCGUGCAUGAUGUCAUCACGCAGCGCGAAUGGUGUCCCAUUUGGCACGAAAUGCUAAGCACGCUUAGCAUUUUUCAAGACUUGUUAAAAUUAGGGCCAUGAAGCAUUUGAAGGAACUGUGCUUCAGUAUAGGUUUCACAAACAAGGAGAUACUUCAUCCUCUGGCACAUCAGCAUCACAUUGUCAUAAGUAUAAAGACUUAAAAAAAGAAUAUACGAGAAAUACGUCUUUUCCAUGGGGAAAAAAACUGGUGUACUUGAAGGAAAUCGCUGCUUUUGUGGAGGCAGAAAUGAAUAUGCUGAGGAUAUAUCCGUUUAUGCAGCCGUAAAUAUCCGUGAAUGACAUUGAGCUUUAGUUUAUGACAUGAAUCCAUAUGCCAUAAUAAGGUGUUGGUGUCUCUGCAGGUGUAGGCUACCGCCGGUGUCAAAGACGUGGUGCUCGUCGGAGCUCGACUCCCUCUGGAUCACAAAUGUUGAUCAUCAUCAGUUUGAUUGUUUCUUCAGAAACCACAAAAUCUCUCUGAAUGACCCGCUGAUACAUCCACAGAUAACCCUGCAGAUGACCAGCUUCAGUCAUUUCCCCCUCCACAAAAGCAGCUUUAUGACUUUAUUUACUUUAUGACUUUAUUCUCUUAAAUUUACAACUUAAAUCUCUAAAUCUUAAAAGAAAAAAAAACCUCAAUGUUGUCCUGAUCCUCUGCUGUAGUUUUGUCAGCUUUCUUAUUUCUAAUGUUUUUGAUUGUUGUAGCAGAGCGGAUCAGUUGUCUCUAAAUCUAAAAUGUUUGGUUUGCAGAUUUUAGUGAGUUCAGAGAUCAUGCGCUCAUACAGCCUGAGCUGACUGUCUACAGAACAUGCAAGAAAUCCAAAAACGGCAAAGACGCGCUGUGCCUCCAAGCGAGUCCAGCCUCUCACCUGAAAUGCGCAGCUGUGCAGCGGCAUGCAAAGAAUUCUGGGAUAACAACGGCACGAAAGCAUGCAUAAAUGCACGCUUGAAAAAGGGGUGGGGGCAGUGUGGUUUUGAGACCGAAUUUGAAGCACGCUUAGCAUUUUGUGCCAAACGGGACACCGUUCGUGCCGCCUGAUGACCUUCAAACGCACGCUUCAAAUGCGCUGUUCGACGGUUGCGGUCUCUGAAAUGGGACACAGGAAGGGUACAUAACGGCACAAAACGGCAGUGUGCUCAGCUAAGCGCGCUUAUCCCGAUGCGGUCUCUGAAAUGAGACACAGCCAAGAAAUCAAACAAACCUCUGCUGCCUUCCUCUUGCCUCACUUCCCACCCCACAGCCCCCUCCCCGGAAGAUGGCCCUUCAAAACACCCGCUCCCUCAACAACAAAGGACACAUCCUGGCUGACUUCUUAACAGACAACAACCUGGACUUCCUCUGCCUCACUGAAACCUGGCACAACCAUCUCGACCUCUUUCCACUCAACCAAGCCACGCCCCCCGGUUACUCCUACCUGCACCAACCCCGCCUCACUGGAUGAGGCGAUGGCGUAGCAUUUAUCCACAAACAGACCCUCAAGACCACCCCCAUCCCCACCCCGUCUGUUCACUCAUUUGAAAAUAUUUCCGUCAGACUCCCCGGCCCCACCCCUCUGGUCAUUGUCACCAUCUACCGCCCUCCAAAGCUCCACCCAUCAUUCCUCUCUGAUUUCUCUGACUUUGUCACCCACCUAAGUACCAUCUCAUCCUCUGUCCUGCUGCUUGGAGACUUCAAUUUUCACAUCGACAACCCCACCUGCAAACAAGCCUCAGAUUUCCUGGUUCUACUCAACCUCACCCAGCAUGUACACUCCCCCACCCACUCCCACGGCCACACCCUCGACCUCGUCUGCUCCACCGGCAUCUCCAUCCACCAUCAACCUCUACAUAUCUGACCACCUGGCUGUCACUUUCAGCGUUGAACCCCCCCCCCCCACAGCCUCAGGACCUCUCUGCUUCCCAUAUUUGCCACCCUCACUGCAUCCCCUCCCCUCCAACUACUACAAUAACACUAUCCUCCCGCCUGGACCAGUUCGCACCCCUCAAAACAAGAACAGUUUCUACCACAAAACCGUCUCACCGUCCAUCUCCAAGCCUACACCGACCAUCUCCACCUGUACAGAACAGCCCUCAACUCCGCCCACUCUUCCUUUUACUCCAAACUCAUCCACUCUGGCUCCAGUACCCAAAAGGCUCUUUUCUCCACAGUCAAUAUACUGCUCCACCCCAUAGACAGCAUCUCCGUCACCUUCACCCGGAAAAGUGCAACUCAUUCCUCUCCUCUUUUCAAUCCAAAAUCAACACAAUCUACAACUCCCUUCCCCCACCCUCCAUUCCCUGCUCCUCCCCCGCUCCCCUCAUCCCAUCAGCACUCUCCCGCUUCUCACCUGUUUCACCGACGUGACCAACAUCAUCUGCUCCAUGUCAUCAUCCACCUGCAUCCUGGAUCCCAUCCCAUCCUCCCUCAUCAAGCACUGCCUCCCCGUCAUCUCUCCCAUCAUCACACAGAUCAUCAACUCCUCCCGCUACUGUUCCCCCUUCACUCAAACUGGCCGCUGUCACCCCCAUCCUCAAAAAACCUGGACUCAACCCUGACGACAUCAGUAACUUCCGGCCCAUCUCCAACCUCCCUUUCCUGUCAAAAAUCCUUGAACGUGUCAUUGCAUCACAAAUCAAAGCCCACCUCAACAAUAACAAUCUUUACGAACAGUUUCAAUCAGGAUUCCGCACCCACCACAGCACCAAAACUGCCCUCAUUAAAGUCACAAACGACCUCCUCAUUUCUGCUGACUCCGGCCAACUCUCCAUCCUCAUCCUCCUUGACCUCUCCGCCGCUUUUGACACCAUCAACCACGCCAUCCUCCUGUCCCGCCUACACUCCCUCCUCAAUAUCACAGACACCGCUCUCAAGUGGAUCCACUCAUAUCUCACAGACCGGAAUCACUUCAUCCACAUCAACAACUGCUCCUCCACAACUGCCCCAGUGCCCCAAGGUGUCCCCUAGGAUUCGGUGCUUGGUCCCCUCCUCUUCAUCAUCUACCUCCUCCCUCUUGGCCACAUCCUCCGUCAACACAAUCUCCACUUCCACUGCUAUGCUGAUGACAUUCAAUUGUACAUCUCUUCCACCUCCAUCAUCCCCCUAACCCAAUGCUCCCUCUCAAACUGCCUCUCUGAUAUCAAACACUGGAUGGACAGCAACCUUCUCAAGCUCAACUACGACAAAACAGAUCUCCUCAUCAUCGGCCCAAAAUCCCUCACCUCCACAAUCACAGACUUUCAUCUCUCCAUUGACAACUCCAUCCUCUCCCCCUCCCCCCACUGUCGCAACCUUGGUAUUCUCUUUGACAGCAACCUCUCCUUCACCCACCACAUCAAGCAAAUCACCAAAACAGCCUACUACCACCUCAAAAACAUUGCCCGCCUCCGCCCCUCCCUCUCCUACUCUGCAGCUGAAACCCUCAUACAUGCAUUCAUUUUAUCCCAUCCAGACUAUUGUAACAGUCUCCUCCAUGGCAAUACCUCCACUCUCCUCAAUAAACUUCAGCUCAUCCAAAACUCUGCCGCCCGCCUCCUCACCCAUACACGCUCCCACCAACACAUCACCUCCGUCCUCCAGAACCUUUACUGGCUCCCUAAUCCUCCUUCUCACCCACAAAGCACUCCACAACCAGGCCCCCCCCACCUGCAAGAUCUUCUCCACCCCUACAUCCUCCCCCACACCCUUCGCCCCGCCGACGCAACCUCCUCACAGUCCUCUGUCCCCCCCGAACCUGGGGAGACAGAGCCCUCUCAGUCGCCGCCCCCACCCUCUGGAACUCACUCCCACUUGACCUCACUUACCUGAUUUUACUUGAUUUUAUUUGAUAUUGAUGUAUAUUUUAUUGUAUAUUGUUGUAUGUUUUAUUGCUCUUGCUUUUAUUCAUGUACAGCGUCUUUGAGUUCGUGAAAAGCGCUUUACAAAUAAAAUGUAUUAUUAUUAUUAUUAUUGUUAACACUUGACGAGAUUAAGCCUGUAGUAAUCCACAGAGGCACAAAACUCAUGUAUAGUACGUGAUUCUGUCUUAUUUCAAAUGGAUUCCUUCUGUUAUUCACUUGUAACACCUUUUUUUCUUAUUUUUAUUUGAUUAUUUUGUAGAUAAGUAAUUGUAAAAUCGUUAAACGAAUGUUUAUGUAAUGUUUUUAUUUUCUGUGUUGGACCCCAGGAAGAGUAGCUUUGUCCUGACAAAAGCUAAUGAGGACCAAUAACGAUAAACAAUAAACAAUACCAUUGAGCCAGAAUGGUAUACUUUGGAACAUGGCCGUCAUGUAGGGACACCAGUGACUCCGCCUUGAGCCAUGUAGCCUUUCUUACAGAUAUUUAUGACGGAGGUCACUGUCUCAGUCUGAACAUGAAUAACAACAUGAAUUAGAAAACAGGAUCUUAACACAUGAGACACACCCACAUGCACACACUAAUUGGAGCCCCCUCCCCUCCUCUUCUGCAGGUCCCAGACGGGGUGACUGUUCUGAUGAGUGCGUCCCGGAGCUCAUACUCCAAACAGGACCGGGUCUUCCAGUUCUCCAUGGAGUUCCCGGUCCCAUCCUACCUGGUGGCAUUAGUGGCGGGGGAGCUGCAGCACGUGGACGUGGGGCCACGGUGUGUCCUGAUUUUGUUACUGAUCAUUCUGACAGUAGAGGCAAUUGUUCUGUAUUUGAUAAUAUUUACUUCAGUACCUGCAGAGUAUUUUGAAAUUCCUGUGUGUGCUUUAAUUUCUUUUUGUUUUUUUGUACAUGAGAUUAAAAGUAUUUUUUGUUUAUUUUUAGAAGUAUUUGUCGUAUCAUUUAUCCUUUACUUGGAACCUCAUUCACAGUUUAUUUUUGUGUUUUUCUGUGUAAUACUUCCAUAAUGGGAAGUAUUUUUUAACCUCAUAUGCAGUACUUUUUCUACUUCAUCAGUAGAAUUAUGUAACUUUAUAAAAAGUUUAUUUUUAAUCUUUUGUGCAGUGUUUUAAAACUUAAUUGUGGUAUUUGUUUCACCGUAUUUGUAGAAUUUGUGAGCUAAAUAGAAAUGUUGCGUGAAGUAUUUGAAGUUGUAUGAAUAGUGUUUGAAACCUUAUUUGCUGUGUUGUUGCAAAUUGUAGUAUAUUUAAUUCUAUUUGUAGUUUUUCAUUCUUCUUUAGCAGUAUUUUUUUAACCUUCUGGUUACCUUUGACCAUUAUUUGUAGUCCUUUUAUGUGCAGUAUUUCUGACCUGUUAUGUCGUGUUUUUAACCCUACAGCUGUAUUUUUACUUUAAAGUAUUUUUAUCCUUAUAUUUACUUAGUGUGUAAUACUUCUUAUCAUUAUGUAUAUUUUUUCCAUUAAUGUAGUAUUCUAAACCCAAUAUUCAGUAUUUUAAACCUUGUUUGUAGUUUUUUUUUACUUUAUAAGUAGUAUUUUUAUACUUGUGUGUAUUUUGCUACAUGAUGUCUUUUUGUCUGUGCCUUCAGGAGUCGUGUGUGGGCAGAGCCAUGUCUGCUGUCCUGUGCAGUGAAGAAGCUAGGGGGCAGUGUGGAGCGCUGGCUGGGUGUAGCUGAAGGGCUGUUUGGACCAUACCUGUGGGGCAGGUGAGCUCAGACCCAGCAGGUGUCUCUGUGAUUUGAUAACCAAUAAAACUGAAGUACUGAUCAUAACUCCGCCCUCUCAGGUGUGACAUUGUGUUCCUUCCCCCUUCCUUCCCCAUCGUUGCCAUGGAGAACCCCUGCCUCACCUUCAUCAUUGCCUCCAUCUUGGAAAGCAGUGAGUUUCUGCUCAUUGACGUCAUCCAUGAAAUCGCCCACGGCUGGUUUGGCAACGCUGUCACCAAUGCCACCUGGGAGGAGAUGUGGCUGAGCGAAGGGCUUGCCACCUAUGCCCAGCGCCGCAUCACCACUGAGGCCUACGGUCAGAGUGCUACCAAAUAAAUACUACGACUAAUACCCCAACCACUGUUACUUUGACUGCUGUGACCCAGGCCAGGGGCCAGUUUAUACUGAGGCCUGUGGUCUGUUAGGUGAGUUAUCAGACAGGUUUAUCCCCCCCCCCUGCAGGUGAGGCGUUCACCUGUCUGGAAACUGCAGUGCGGUUGGACGCCCUGCACAGACAGCUGCGUCUCCUCGGGGACAACAACCCUGUGAGCAAACUGCAGGUCAAGUUUGAGCCAGGUAACAAGAGCACUUACACACUCUAGGUCUAUGUACUAUGAGACCACUCCUCCAGGUCAGUGACAUCACUGUUCUCUGUCACCUGUCCAGGUGUGAACCCCAGCACCCUGAUGAACCUGUUCACCUAUGAGAAAGGUUUUUGCUUCGUCUCCUACCUGUCACAGCUCAGUGGGGACGUCAGACGCUUUGACUGUUUUCUCAGGGUCAGAACAAACAAACACACACACACACACACACACACACACACACUACUGCAUCCAAUUAAGCUGCAGGUGAAACACAACAUACAUGACACAUAUAAAGAUCCACAAAGCUACAGUCCUCUACAUCUCCAGACUAUGGAUCAAAUGUCUGACAACCAAAUUUAACAUCCCCGGCUCCAUCAGAGUAUCGACACUACAGUAAGUGAUGAUAAAAACAGACUCUGAUCAUUUUGAAUACAUAAGGAAUCUGAUUAUUUUAAAUUAGAUUUUUGUAAAAAGUUGUUACAGAGGGAAAAUCAAACAAGUAAAAAGUAGUUGUAGGAUAAAAGCAUAAAAAGGGAGCUCCCUGACAUUAAGAUUAAAAAGGCCCUAUAAACUUGUCAGUGUUAGAAAGUGAGGAUAAAUGAGAGAGUGUGGUAGUUAUGGCGAUGAGUAAGAUUAGAGGAAAUUAUAGAAGGUUGAGUAAAAACGCAAAUUUGAACCUCGAGCAAGAUAACAAGCCAGUAAAGCUAACGUGCAGGACAGCCAAACUAGCAAGAGCCAACAUAGCUACCUGAAGAGCUAGCGGAGUCAACAGGUGAUACAGUGACAACCAAGCAAGUGAAGUGACCACUUCAAGAGGGGAAAGAAACACAACCAUCUGCUAAAACUAUGGCAGACCUGGAUAUAGUCUUGCAGGGGAUAAGGGAGUUUGGUGGGGAAAACUUUCAAAACCUGGAAGAAAUCAAAGAUGACAUUAAGAAGACAAACAGCAGAAUAGAUUAUGCUAAAAAGUGAAUCUUGAAAACAGAGGAGCGUACUCAGAACCUAGAGGAAGCUACGUUGGAGCUUAUGAAGUUGCAGAAGCAGGUGGACACCAGAAUGACAGACUUGGGAUGUAGGAGGAUGGAGAAUGUCCAGAUCCAUGAGGUAAAGGAGGAAGCGGAAGGUGAUUAGGAAAACUGAGGCGAAAAACAUGACUUUUGUGUUGUUUUUGUUGAGACUGCAGAAUUUAUACGGGUUUUUAGUUAAAAGGUGCCUCACAAGGUAAAUACGUCAGGGCAGCACUUAAAGCUGUUGUGGACUUAUGAACUAUGCUGAAACGGGCAGCCAGGGGCCCCUGCCCCUAGGGCGCAUAGGUUAUCCCUCAGAGCUAAAUGAACAUCAGAGUUCAGAAAAGGUCUAUAAAAAGACCUCAUGUAAGGAAGUUUGUUUAGUAUCUUGUUUGAAGAUAUUUAUGUUACACUUUUGUCACAUGUUGUUCAGUGUUCAUUAUUGUUUUUUUGUAGCAAAAGGGGGAAAUGUGAAGGAGAGGAUAGGAGAGAGAAACAAGACAAGAGAAUGCAGAUCAACGACUACAUCCAAAAACUGCAUUAAAGUAGCCUCAAUAAUGUAAGUGGUGUACUCAACCCAACCAAAAGGAGUAAGAUAGUGUCAGAGAUGGAAAAAGACGGGGUUGGGUUGAUAUUUUUACAGGAGACCCACCUAACAGAGAGGGAACAGCCAAACCCUAAGAGAAAUGGUUACAGCCAAAUAUUUUCUGCCUCCUACAAAACAGCACACUAGAGAAGGGUGGCUAUUUUAAUGUCAGGGAAGAACUCAUUUAAAAAAAUUGUUGGUGACAGGGGACAAAUAGGGUAGGUAUAUCAUGGUCAAGGGGAAACUAGAAGGUUAGGCAGUGACUUUACUCAACAUCUAUGCUCCCCCAGACUCAGAUUGGAGGUUCUACAGACAGAUGUUUGAUUCGAUAACAUCAGAGGCAAAAGGUAUUUUGAUUGCUGGAGGUGAUCUGAACCAAAGGCUUAACUCAGAGCUAGACUCCUCAGGAGGUGGAAUACAAAACAGUGCUGUUAGUAAAAAAAAAAUUGAUUAUUUCUUGAUGUAUGAUUAAGAUAGGUAUAGGGUAAAAAGAUGCGACAUAGGAGUAAUGGACCUAUCAGAUCCCAGCCCUCUUUAUCUAACAGUACGUCUGGUGAGUGAGGAAAAAGCAACAAUCUGGAGGUUGAACUCAAAUAUAUUAAAAGGACACAUGAAGGAGGAAAUAGUGAAGGAACUCAAGACUUACAUAGAGAAUGAUGAUAGUAUAAGGCCGUGAUGAGAGGACAGAUAAUAGCCAAAUCAGCGUAUUCACGAAGAUAAGACUGUUAAGACUUGACACAAUAAAAUCUGAUCUGAAAAAGCUAGAAAGAACACACAAAUAAGAUAAUAUAAGAGCAACUUUAUUUAUUACCAAGGGGAAAUUUAAUAAUUAAAAUAAAAUAAAAUCAGGAAAUAAAGACAAGAGCAGAGAUAAAUGUAUAUGCAGUAGAUAAAAAAAAAUACUGUUCACUAAAUAAAGAUAUUAUGUAGUGGGGGCAAAUCAACAAAAUUGCUGGCAUAUAAACUUAAAAAACAGCAGGCAAAAAACAAUAUUUUUGGGAUAAGGGACUCACAUACAAGAUGACAGUGGACAAUAUAGGGGAAAUUCAAAGUGCUUUUAAACUUAUAAAAAUCUAUACACUCAAAUGAAAGCUAGUAAUAAAACCUGGAUGGAUCCAUUUUUAGAGAACUUCAGUUUACUAAGAUUAACAGAAGAACAGAGUCAGACUUUGUUUUUGCAGAAAACAGAUGAGGAAAUAAGUAAGGCAAUCUCAAAUCUUAAAGCUGGCAAGUCCCCAGGUGCAGAUGUAUACUCUGCAGAAUGGUAUUGAUCACUUAAGGCAACAUGAAUCAUUAAACUUGUGCCAUCCUGAGGGCAUUUUACAAAACUGGCCCAUGACCGGUCCGGUUUUCUGGACUGCACAUUUUGACAAUGCUGUUAAUACUAUUCUUCUCCUUUACUGACAGUCCAUAAAACCAGCAAAUAAAAGUAAAAGUUAAAAGAGUUUCAAUAUAUGAAUGAUAAAAAACUACACAAAAUGUUCUUAGAAACAUUAAAAGAACUCAGCUUACGUGACAGGUAUAUCCUUUGUUGACCCCUUUUCACAAUUGACUCUGAAUUCAUGUUAAAUUUAAGUUUGGAAUCAAACAUACAGUAACUCACAAAAGUGAGUACACCCCUGACAUUUCUGCAAAUAUUUAAUUAUACCUUUUCAUGGGACAACACUGGAGAGAUGACACUUUGAUACAAUUUACAGUUGUCAGUGUACAGCUUGUGUAACCGUGUAAAUUUAUUGUUUCCUCAAAAUAACUCAACACACAGCCGUUAAUGUGUACACCCCUGGCAACAACAGUUAGUACACCACUUAGUGAAAAUGUCCAAAUAAGGCCCAAAGUGUCAAUAUUUUGUGUGGCCACCAUUAUUUUCCAGCACUCUCUUGGGCAUGGAGUUCACCAGAGCUUCACAGGUUGCCACUGAAAUCUUCUUUCACUCCUCCAUGAUGACAUCACAGAGCUGAGUGGAUUUUAGAGACCUUAUGCUCCUUUACCUACCCUUUGAGAAUGCCCCACAGAUCCUUAAUAGAGUUUCGGUCUGGAGACCUUGCUUGGCCAGUCCCUCACCUUUACCCUCAGCUUCUUUAGCUGAGGGUAAAGGCAGUGGUUGUCUUGGAGGUGUGUCUGGGGUUGUAUCAUGUUGGAGUACUGCCCUGAAUACUGCCCUGCAGCCCAGUUUCUUAAGGGAGGGGACAAUGUUCUGCUUCAGUUUGUCACAGUACAUGGUGGCAUUCAUAAUUCCCUCAAUGAACUGCAGCCCCGUAGUGCCAGCAGCACUCAUGCAGCCCCAGACCGUGACACUCCCACCACCAUGCAUGUAGGCAGGACACACUUAUCUUAGUACUCCUCACCUGGUUACCGCCACACACUAUGGACACCAUCUGAACCAAACAAGGUUGGUUUUCUUGGUCUCAUCAGACCACAGGACAUGGUUUCAGUAAUCCACGUCUUUAGUCUGUUCGUCUUUAGCAAACUGUUUGAUGUUUGAUGCAGUGUGUGCCGUAUGGUCUGAGCAUUGACAGGCUAAGCCCCCCACCCCUUCAACCUCUGCAGCAAUGCUGGCAGCACUCAAACAUCUAUUUUCCAAAGACAACCACUGGAUAUGACACUAAGCACAUGCACUCAACUUCUUAGGACCACCAUGGACCUAAGAAGGAUCCCACGAAAAGAUAUAAUUAAAUAUUUGCAGAAAUGUGAAGGGUGUAGUCACUUUUGUGAGAUACUGUAGUUUCUAGGUUUCUAGGUAUUUAUAUGUUUCCACAAUCUCAACAUCAUCUCCAUGGAUGCUGCUGGCUUAGGGUGAUUCUUCCUGAAAUUAAUCACUUACACCUUAGUUUUGGUUAUACAGGCCCUUUAUAAUACACUGAGUCUUUCAAAAUUUAAGAAUAAGAACAUGGCUGUUGUCAGGGUUGCUCAGAGAGUCCUCUUCUUUUUGCCAUUUUUCUGGAACCCUCAAGCUAUUGAAUAAAACAGAAUAAAAAUAUAACAGGCACCCAUGAUAACCUUUACAGAUUAUGGUCACCUUUCAGGCUAUAGAAAAUAGACAAAAAACUCAGGUUAUCACUUUAAACUAUCGACCACGGCAAGCGAUUAGGGACAAGUACAAGUUUAACUAGGAAUCAGAAUCAAUAGAAUAUUUGGGAGUUAAUCUACCUCAGGAUUUAAGGCAAUUAAAUUCCAUCAACUAUGAUCCGUUGCUCAAUAGAAUUAAUAUAGAAUAAAGAAUAGAAUUUGAUAUUAAGCAGAGGGAAUCUGAUACCUUAUAUGGGCAUUAUGCUAAGAAUGAAGGUGAUAAAAAUGUGUUGCAAAGGCUUCUGUACUUGUUUCAGAGUCUACUGGUGGAGGUAACACAUCAUGAGUUCAGGGAAUGGGAUAUAAUGAUCUCUAGAUAUAUCUAGCAGGGGCGGAGACCUACCUAAAAACAAAAGAGGACUCUUCAGGCACACCCCUCCCCACAUCCGGGGGGGGGGGGGGGGGCACUUUUUGAGCGGAGCGUCAUCGCUCCGAGUCUCCCGCCCAGCCAAAAACGUCUGCGUACAACGCUACUGCGCAGCUCUGGUUUCAAGAAAGUGGAGAAAAACACGGAAUUACCAAGAGCUUUUUGGCUUCAAAUCCGUAUACAGGCGGAAGGCGGAACCAGGCUGUCCAUCUUAUAUACAGUCUAUGGUUUAAAGGCUAGCUGUAUGAAAUUUUGGCACUAUUUUUUUUUUCUUAUUUCCUUAAUUCCAAAAGCCUGUGUACUGGAAGUGUUUAGAAUAGGAGAUUUGCAUCACACUGACACCUGUUACCCUUGUGGCCACAUGUGGCCAAUUGACUCCCAUUAUAACCACAUAUUUGUCAUACGCUAUAAUCCUAACAUAUUUCAAUGCUUUUUCUAUUUAUACCUAAUAGAUCUAAGCUUUUAUCUUCAAAAUUUAGGGAAAAUAUGUUUUACGUGUAAUGACCCCCUUAACAACCAGAGGCCAUUACAUAAAGUUUUGGGGAAAUUUCAGUGAAGGCCUGGGUUUCUUACCUCGCAAAAUGCAUAGAAAUAACAAAGCUAAACACCAUAAAAUGGCCUUGGUAUAUUAGCAGUGAUAUAAAAUAGUGGUUUGAAUAUGAAUGAGGAAAAAAAAAUAUCAACAGAGCCCUUUUGACCUGGGAUUUUUGAUUUUCCUCUAAAGGGUCCAUCUGUAAGGGAAUAAUCAGCCCUCCGGACUCUCAGAUGAAUCCUCUAAAUUCACCUCAGAAACAUGCUUCUCAUUCUCCUCAGAGUACUGCAAGAUACACACACACACACACACACACACACACACACACACACACACACACACACACACACACAGAUUCAGUUUUUACGCACCUGCAAAAACAUGCUAUUUACAUAUUCGACAGGAAUGCAGAGGCUUCCUUUUGCCCAAGAAAAAAUUAAAUUUCAAACAUAACUUGGCUGGUCAUUUCUCCAAAAGACGACCAUGAAGCGCCAUCUAAACCUGAAGCAGGCAGUUGCUGCAUGUGUACAGUCCCCUGAGGGGAGUGAGGUGACUGCUUCUGAGGAGAACAUGAGCAGUGAAGAUUCACCUUGGAGCCAGGACAGGGACGUGCACAUGAUUAUACAGGGGCAGGGGCUAAAAUUUUUUUCCAGUCCGUUAUACUAUAUGGAAAUUAAUGUAAAAUUAAAAAACAAAGUACUAAUAGAAAGCUAACGACUGUCCUGUGUAGGUGAAAGUGAUAUGCAAUUGCCAUUUCUUUUGUGUCAACAAACUAUUGUCAACAUGACAUGAUCAAGAUAGUAACAUUUCAAACACAGAUUACCUACAUGCUGAAAUUACUAUCUAUCUAUCUAUCUAUCUAUCUAUCUAUCUAUCUAUCUAUCUAUCUAUCUAUCUAUCUAUCUAUCUACUUUGUUUCCGACCCAAUAAGUCCAUGUCAUACAAAAAGAUUAUCAUUAUUAUUAUUAUUGUUCUUAUUAUAAUUAUUAUAAUUAUAAUUAUUAUUAUUAAUUUGUUAGCCCACACAACAGUAGCAAAGUCACAAUAAACUUUGUAUCUAAACCUGGAACCUGUACUUCAGACCUGUAGUGAGGAAAAUGUGAUCCUCCAUAAACACGAUGCAUUCUGUUUUGACAAUAAACCUAGUGUUUUAUUUUCUAUUUUGUACAGGAUUUCCUGUCUGACAUGAUCUGCUCUGUGCUGACUUGAUGCACCGUGCUCUCUCUCUGGUGGCUCUGUGACAGAGUGGAGCCACCAGAGACAGAGAAGUGGCAGGUUCAUCUCACACAAAAACCUGUAUUACAAGAAAAUGGGUAAGGUAGAAUACCGUGGAGUUUUUAUACCACCGUUUUGUUUUGUUUUUACAUCCCUAACAGGAAUUAAUUAAUGUUAUAAAAAAAAAAAAAAGAGGGCACCUUUUAAUACAGGGCAUAAAGGGCAGGGGCUCAAGCACCCCUAGGGCUCUAUGUGUGUGCAUGAGCCAGGAGGAUUCAGGACAGGGAUAAUGCAAUUUGAGAAUGGGAAACAAAGAGGAGAAGGAGAAGUUUGAAUCUCUCAUGUGCCAAAAAUUAUUAUGCAUUAAAAUCAAUAUCUUGAUCAAAAAUCUUUAUCAAAAAUAUUUCACUUUGCAUCUCAUUUCUGGAAAUAUUACAUAUUUUGUGUUUUUCCCAUAAAAAAAAUCAGGGGUUCUCACGACAAAAGGCACUAAAAACCUAAAAAAAUAUAAAAACAUUAUAAUAAACUUUAUAUCUAUGGAUAGGUCUGGAGUUGUUGACAAGAUAUAAUGCUUUAAAGUAAAAAAAAAAAUUAUGAAUGUAUAAUGUUUUUACUGCACUUUUAUUAGACCGGCCACUUGUGGCCACAAGGUUAAUAAGUGAUAGUUUAUACUGAAAACUGUCAUCAUGCAAAAAAUAAUUAUGCAUUAAAAUCAAUAUUUUUAUCAAUUAUUGACAUGGUCAGGGCUGUUAUGUCUUUAUCAAAAAUCUUUGCCCCUCAUUUCUGGAAAUAUUGCAUAUUUUGUGUUUGUUCCAUUAAAAAAAUCAGGGGCUCUUAAGACAAAAGACACUAAAAACUAAGGCUGCACGAUAUUGGAAAAAACUAACAUUGCGAUUUUUUUCAACCCUGCGAUAUAUACUGCGAUAUUAAAAAAUACAGGAAUUUUCACCAGAUGACCUGAAUAGCACUUUAUGUUGUGCUGCACUGCUGAAAUCUUGAGGACAGUUAACCUGCACUGAUCUUACCUCUUUUUGUGAAUGUUAGUAGAAUGGCUUCUGUCUGUCUAAGAGAUAUUUUUAGCUUUUAUUGUUCUGGGACGUUAUUGUGGAAACAGAUGAACACAGAAGACGUGUUUUGGUCGACAUUAUCCAUCUUGUAACCGAAAUAAUUCCAGAUAACUGACUUUCCUUUUCUUUUUGGCAACAAGUCAUCUUCCUUGGUUUUCUCUGUGUGUUGCUCAGUUUGCGAUCGUUGUUGUUGUUAUUAACGGGGUUGUGCUGAGAAACGCAUGUCCUCUGAGAAUUGCAUGCACCUCACAAAACGCGCACUGCUUAUAGUAGAGUGGUCCACGGAAAUGUACAAUUUAAAACCCAUACAGUUCUUAUUUGUUGGGCUAAACAGUGAUGAAGAAUGUUCCGAAAGUAAUUCUCAGCGGACAAGCGUUUCUCGGCUCAACUCCGGUAGCGCCAGCGACUCCCUCCAUGUGCAGAGGUGGGUUUCCUCCUCUCUGAUUUUGAUUGACAGCUGGCAGGGUAGUCUGAUUGGCAACUGAGAACUGAGUCUGAUUGGCAACUGAGUAAAGAACGAAGGUGAUUGGUGGAUCGCUGCACAGCACAUGCAGAGUCACAUGCGGUGUAUCUCAGUCAUUUACCCUUGAAAUUAACUGAGUUCAUUCACCUCCGACAUCGCAGGCUCUGCGAUGUGACUAGACCGGCCACUUGUGGCCACAAGGGUAACGGGUGUCAGUAAAUUGUAAGGGGUGCACAAGGGUUAAGGAAGAUACUAACCCAUGAUUGGCUUUGUCAUUCAAGCUUUGGUUUGCAUUAAUCACAAAAAAUGAUUUGAGAAGACAAAGUGGAUUAUUAAAAUGUAUUGGAUAUUCUGAAUUCAUUCCAACAGUUCAACAGAACAGAUAAGGAUUUUGGGAAACCCUGGGAAAAAUUGGGGACCUUUGCUAUUCUGGGAGCUUUUAGGAAAGAAGAUGAAAAGUUUUAAAGAGAUAAAAGACCAAUUUAGUCUGACAAAUCAGGAUCAAUACAGGUACUUGAAAUUAAUGUAUUAUUUAGCGCAAACACUAAAGGGAACAAUAAGAGGGGAGGGUUAGCAGUUAGCAAAGCUCGGUAAAAAGCUCAUUUUAAAACUAUAUAAGGGGGUGGAAGACUUACAGGGGAUGACAUGGUGUAUAUUAAAGGGAGAUGGGAGAGGGAGGCAAAUAUUGUCAUAUCAGUGGAUGAAUGGAAAGAGAUAAACGAAUAGCAGUGGAGAACAACCUAGUCCCUAACACUGUAACACUGUAUCACACACUAUAAUCCAGACUGUUUACUUGCUGAGACACACACAGAGACUGUUUUAGUAAUUUAGAUCCAAACUAUGAACAAACACUGUCUAAACAUGACCACUCCUCUGGCACACAAGGUGCUUCAGGUACUGUACCUGAGUCUGAUCACCUGUGUGAUUGUGUGUGUGUGUGUGUGUGUGUGUGUGUGUGUGUGUGUGUGUGUGUGUGUGUGUGUGUGUGUGUGUUUACAGGAUUACAUCUCAGAGUUUAAGUUUAAGAGCGUGCUGGCUCAGGACCUCAUCAACUACUUCCUGUGUUAUUUCCCUGAGCUGAAGGAUGCUGCUGUCGCUAACAGAGAGGGUGAGAAGGGGAGGGAGGGGGUGAUGGUGGGGGUUCAGUCUGGGGAAUAAUCCUUCAGAGAUGUUUGACUUUAGCACUAAUAACACUCGGAUACUAUGGGGUCAAAGAUCACUCUUGCAGUAUCUUUACUCAGGUGUGCUGCUGGUGUCAAAGGUAAACACACUGACAGUGAGUCUCUCAGACUGACACAAAAGCGUAACAUCACUGUUAUGUCAUCAGAACAGAGUUAAUCUAGAGCGAGGGUUCUCAACCUUUUGCGGGCUGGGCCCCCUCAAAGGUGGUUCAAUGCAGUUGAGCCCCCAUUUCCUGAAUUGUGUCUGCUCGAGUACUCAGCACACCCCCUAACACACUCGCACGGCACAUCAUCCUCAUGUACGCCAGAGCCCAGAGUGACAGAGAAACGAGCCAGGAGACAGAGUGAGAGUGAGUGGUACUAAGUGGAGAAAAUAUGAACUAAAAAAAAAUGUUUCAACCCAAACCCUGUUCUUUUAAUCAUAGUUUAAAAAUUUAAGUUAUUCAAAGAAUUUAAGUUAUUCAAAAUUUUUAUGUGAACUGUGUUUAUCAAAAUUUUACUGUUGCUAAUGCAUAAUGUUAUAAGAAAUGUACAGGGUUUCCCUUACAUGUAAUCGUGGCGCACAGCCACAACAAAAUAAAAGUGGCCACACUUUCAAAUUGAUAGUUUUUUUAACCUGGCGCUACCUGGGACUCAGCCAACCAAAAUUAUUUGUAAUCUUACUUUUGAAAUGUAAUCCUACAUGAUCUGGUUUAGGAGUUGAAUUGUGCAUGCAAUGAAGUUAUUUCCUUGCACUUACACUCUUAAAUUGAUUUCUAAUUGAUUUUUAUAUAACUGAUUUUUUUUUUUUAACUGUAUACCUGUUGUGAAGCACAUUGAGUCUGCCUUGUGCAUGAAAUGCGCUUUAUAAAUAAAGUUGAAUUAAAAUUGAAUUUAAUCGGUUUCAAUACUAUGUCGGUUUUUCAACUGUACAGUCUAUGAAUAAGGUCAUGUGCAAGCCUGAAGUGAAGAGACCCAUCCAAUGUGGCAGCAAUGCUGGAUUACGCUCCAACAAGUAAUGAGGCGUUUUACGUAUACCCCCUAACCCCUGAGUUUAAAUUACUGCUUUUUACAACAGGAGAUAAUGAAUAUUGAGCAGAAAAAGGUUGAAGUUAUUGUUGGUUCAACCCUUCAACACAGUUCAGGUUUCUCAUGUGGCCCUGUGUAAAAAUUAAUUGCCCACCCCUGAGGUAGGCUGUAAUUGGUUGAUAGUCCAAACGCUUGGGACUCUGCUACAUCUCCUUUGUACUAAUAGCCAGUGAGUCUGCACCCUCCCAUGCCUCCCGUCCUGUGUUCACGCCCCCCUGAAGGGUGUUCACGACCCCCCCCCCCCCCCCCCAGGUGUGUGCAAAAGUCACCUGUGACUUCCUGUGUGUGUGUGUGUGUGUCUGUGUGUCUGUGUGUGUGUGUGGGGCAGGUCUGGAGUUUGAGCGCUGGCUAAGCGGCUGUGGACCCCCUCUCUAUGAGCCUAACCUGUCAGCAGGGGGCGCUCUGACCCAGCCUGUUCAGGACCUGUGUGAGCUGUGGAGGUGCAGUGACCCCCCUGACCUUGAAACCCUGAGCCCUUUUGACCUGUUGACCUGGAGUACCUUCCAGAUUGUCCUGUUCCUGGACCGGAUGUUAGACCACGCCCCUCUGCCCCAUGGUACAAAUACUACAUCACAAACACAAAUAUUACUGUAAACAAUUACUGACACACCCCCUGGCCUCAUGUUGUUAUCACAGUACUUAAACUACACCUGGCUCCUGCCCGGUGGUACACACAUUACAAAUAGCAAUGCAGGUACUUCUUUAGAGGGACUUACACUAACACUUACAUACCCCCAGUGUUUGAGUACUAGUGCCUGCCCCUAUGCCCAUCUUUACCAGUACUUUAGCUGUAACAGCCUCAGGGCCAAGGGUGCUCAUGUCCCACAAGUGUAGCCAAUACUUUUCUAAUUCCUACAGCAGUUAUACCAACACACCUGUACUGUGACUACAGCUGUUAUACUUACACACCUGUACUGUUAUUACAGUAGUUAUACUUACAGACCUGUACUGUUAUUACAGCAGUUAUACUAACACACCUGUACUGCAACCACUGCCAUUAUACUGACACAACUGUAUUGUUAUUACAGCAGUUAAACCAUCACACCUGUACUGUUAUUACAACAGUGAUACUAACACACCUGUACUACGACGACAGCCGUUAUACUUACACACCUGUACUGUUAUUACAGCAGUCAUACCAACACACCUGUCGUAGUACUACAGCUGUUAUACUAACACACCUGUACUGUUACAACUGCUGUUAUACUGUGUGUUUCUCUCAUACCUUUGUGUCCCCCUUCUUUACCUGUGUCUUCCCCUCUAUCUUUUACUUGUGUCUCAGGUGUGAUGGAGUGUCUAUCCUCCUGUUACUCGUCCCUCUUUGACUCUAUGAAUGCUGAGGUACAGAUUCGCUGGCUGCAGAUGGUUGUGAGGAACAAUUUUUACCCUGAUCUUCCCCGAGUCCGAGCUUUCCUCUACAAACAUGUAAGACCCUGAACGCACCACGCCUCUGUUGCCUCUGCUGCUGAGGGUGUUCAUACAGAGCUGCACUGGCCAAGGUCAGGCACAUGUGUCAGUACAGGGUUAGAGAAGGUUACUGUUGAGGGGGGCACAAGUGUGAUUCAAAAGCUGUUCAGUCAGAAAUGUAACAGUCCGAGAUGGUAUUGUUACAGGUGUGCCAGGUAAGGCAGAUGUGCUGUUACAGGUAUAGUAUGACAGGUGUCAUGCAGAAGGUUCAUUUAAAGGAUGAGAAGUGUGAUGGGGACGCAGGUGAGGUAAAAUUUGUUCUUAUGUGACAGUGGCUUAAAGUGGGUCAGAUGUGCUGUUACAUGUAAGUCAGGUGUGCCGUUACAGGUGAGUCAGAUGAGUUAGAUGUGCUUUUACAGGUGAGUCAGGCUGUUAGAGGUAAGUUAGAUGAGUUAGAUGUGCUGUUACAGGUGAGUCAGGUUUGAUGUCCUGAGCAGCUUUUUUCUGCAGUCCUGCAGUCUGAUUAAAUUGUUCGAACUUUUCUUACCUGUUCAAUGUCAUCACACCUGUGGUUCUGGUGUCACAUUAAUUCCUCCCUCUCUGCAGACAUCCAGGAUGUAUACAGUACCACUGUAUGAUGACCUGAUUGCCGGGGUGAUGAGGUGUGUUGCUGUGGAGAUUUUUAACCAGACUCAGCACCGCAUGCACCCAAACCUCCGACGGACCCUGCAGCAGAUUGUGUUUCAGAAUGCCACCACCUCAACCAAUCAGAACACUCCUGCCCUAUCCAUCACCCCCCCCUCCCCCUCUGUUUCCCCCCAACCCCAGCCUGCUGCUACUGCAACCACCUCCUCUGUUGCUGGGACAACCCCCACCAUCGCUUUGCGGGACGUCAAUGUCUCUGCCUGAAGUCCGUCUGACCUGUCAGCUGAUGGGGCUGUGAUGGGUUGAUGGCUAAAGGUGAAGGAGCUGAAAAUGACAGCAGGGGUCUUUGUUCCUGAAGGGGUAAUAGGGUGAACUGUUGCUAUGGCGACGCAUUUAGCUUACUCAGCUAAAGAUGUUAAAGUUUGAACACUGUGAAGAGGAGACAAAAGGAGGUUCACUCCAGAGAUUUUCAAAAUAAAGGUCGUGACUUGGGGCUGCUGAAAGAUGACUCAUCAUGUGACUCAUGAUGUAUUUCAUCAUGUGACUGUAACUGUUUUAAAGGGUGACUGCUGAAGCUAUGGUCAGAGGCUAAAACUGUAGCUGCCGGCCCUGAAUCAGUCUGUCUGACAGAUCUUUUCUCCUCAGUGCAAUUUAACCUGCUGAAGUGAAAACUGUUUCUUUACUGUUCGUGUUGGUUUGACCCUAAAUGCGUCAUCAUAUCACUGUAUUCAUCACUUCCUGUUUUAGUUUGACACUGUGACCUCCACAGAUUCAUUUCUGCCUGCAGAAUCUGAGUAUUAAGAUCUGAAGUCUGUGUUUUGAUGUUUAUAUUGUUUUUAUUUUGAUCGGACAUCUGUGCACUGACUCACUGAUGACUCUGCAGAUUUUUGUUCUAAAUCAUUGAAUACGAUGUAAAGAGAGAAGAAACGGAAAUAGACCGCUGACUCAUUCUGACUCUUGUGGCAGAGAUGAUCCUGACCCUGAUCCACCUGCAGCCUCUGUGACUCCUCUCACACCUGUGGCUUAGGUGUGAGCCUUGUUCUUGAUGCGUUCACUGUCUCUGACAGUGUCCAUGUGUUAUUAAACAACAGUAACUCUGACAUGUAGCGAAAGAACAAGCAGCGUUAACUCUACCUCCUGAUCCUGACUGAGUCUGACUUGCCUGCAGACAGGACUCAGGGCUCAAACCCUCACCUGGCAUUUUUAAUGCUGACUCAGCGGGAAACCAGCAGACUUCACCUGAGUGGCCUUAUUGCUGCCUUCACUGCAGCUGGGAACGAAAACAUAUUCUACAGAUUGUGUUCAUGUUUGUCCCUUUAACCUUAAUUCAGAUUGUUUAUACCUGCGGCAAGAAAACAGAGUGUGUCUCCCAACUGUUUCACCUGACUGCUCACCUGAAGCUGAGAGCUUAAAAGGAAAAGACAAAGGGUUUCAAACCUGAUGAGGCUGAUAGUCAGAGUGUCUUUGUCCUCAGACACACUUGAAGACAAAAAACAAGGAAAGAAUGAUGUUAAGUCUUUAUUUACCUACUCACCUCCACCCACUCACCUCCACCUAUCUGACAGUGAAAAUUAUAUAAAGCAAUAUUUCAUUUAAAUAUUCAGGGCACAAAAUAAUAAAUGCUGUUUAAUGGGAAAAUCAGAUAUGUCCUGUAGUUUCCAGCUGUCAGUUAAUGCCUUGGAGUUUUAAAUGAACAUUUAACUUCAAAAUAAAACUUGAAACUACAGUUGGAGUGUACUUAUUCAACAAUCCAUCCAUCCAUUUAUCCAUACAUACCUAUUUAAUGGUUUACAUUUUAAACAAACCAAAACAAAGUUUCAAGCCCUUCAUUUAUUUUUAAAUAUCCCACUAAUGACUGUAAAUGUUAAAUGUCAAACACCUAUUUAAGUUUCUGAAAUUUACCGGAAAAAUGCGCUUGCAAAAUAAGAGCAGUAUUUAUGAUCAACAACAAAAAAUUUAAUUUGAAAACUGAAGUUGAUACAACUAGAAAGUAUCACAGUAUUACUUGGAUGCUGUUAAACUAUCAGUUUUUGACAGCUCUGACCGUCUGAUCACAGUGUCCUGCUUUCACUUUGGGUUUCAAAUGAUGAUCAGUACGUGAAUCCAGUGAAAAUAAAUAAAUAUUUCGAGAAGCCAGAGUAGUGGAGGUAGAAGUGAAGAUACAAGUUGUAGUGGUAAUAAUAGUAAUUGUAGCAGUAAAUCUGGGAUUUUGUUUGAAGAAUUAAAUAAUGCAUAAAUAAUAAGAAUGAUUUUAAAAUGGAAAAAAAAAAUGAAUGAGGAUUAAAAAUCCUCAAGUAUUAGACAAGGUUGAAGGAUUAAAAAGUUUUGAAUCAGUUUGAAUGAGUUUAAAUUUGUCUGAAGAAUUGAUAAUGUAUUAAUAACGGGAAGUAAAAGUACGAGACGCAGUAAAAAAAAAUAUUUCGAGAAGCCAGAGUAGUGGAGGUAGAAGUGAAGAUACAAGUUGUAGUGGUAAUAAUAGUAAUUGUAGCAGUAAAUGUGGGAUUUUGUUUGAAGAAUUAAAUAAUGCAUAAAUAAUACGAAUGAUUUUCAAAUGGAAAAAAAAAAUGAAUGAGGAUUAACAAUCCUCAAGUAUUAGACAAGGUUGAAGGAUUAAAAGGGUUUGAAUCAGUUUGAAUGAGUUUAAAUUUGUCUGAAGAAUUUGAUAAUGUAUUAAUAACGGGAUUACAUUCAAAGUGG